AUGGCCUUCCAGUCAACGCUUGCCGUGCUGCCCCCCGACAUCAUCGGCGUGGAAGAGAUCAUGGCUGUCUGGUUUGGCAACAGCGAGUUCACUCGCUCUGGCACGUAUCUGGAGGGACGCAUGCGCUCUCACCCCCUGCUUGUAGACAUGGGAUCUGGCGCCCUACCCUCCACCAAUAAAAUACACACAGAAGCACAAAUGUUGGACCUGGAUGAGAGCUACCAGCAGCUGGCGCUGGCUGAGGGUGGACAGGUGUACAAGGCUGCUGAUUGGAGGCCGUUUGUUUGGAAGGGUGACUUUUAUGUUGGGCAUUGGGUGGCUUACAUGCCUGGGGAGGAGCGAAUGGCCAUAUCCAGAGUGGACCUGCAGAGAGGGGCUGUGCAGCUGCUGCAUCGCUUCAGCACCCUCAACCCAACCGUAGAGGCCUCAAUAUUGCCAGAGCAGGCCACAAGCCCGGCUGGUGCCAUCAGCAGGCUGCUUGACUUUCUGACCGCAAGGCAGCCAUGCCAAGUCAAGGGGUUCAGGAGGGAGAAGAACUGGGGCUUCUGGGAAGAGGACGACAAGCUGCUCAUUCUGUAUGGCAUAUUGCCCUGCACUGUGGUCCUUGAGUUUGACCCUCUGCGGCCGUCUGAGCCCUCAAUUCGCUCACGGACCUGCUACGUGCUUGAUACCAUUCCCAUCCUGCAGGCUUCCGGGCUGGACAUAGGGAGGGGCCAGGUGCACAUCAGCGGCAACCCAGUGCCCUGGGACAUCCAGCAUGGCGCCCAGCACCAGCAGCUGUUUGGCAUGCUGCACACAAAACGGGGGCAGUACAUCAACUGGGCUGGGUUCUUGAAGACGGCACUGGUGGUCAGUUCCUUCCACGUGCUGCCAAAGGAGGGCAGCAGUGAUGCGGAGGCGUCCUUUGUGCGCGUCUUCUAUGGGGAGGGGGAUCGGUAUGGGUGCUGGCUGGAUAUCGACACAGACACCAUUGUGUGGCAUGAGCUCAGGCCUAACCGCAGCACCAAGCCUCGCAGGAAAGCUCUGAGGGUUGCGCCCCUCUGA